CUGGGCACCGGAGCGGGACGGGAGAGCGCGAGAGCGAGUCACGGAGAGGAGGAGAGGAUGCGCGCUGGCCGUUAGUACCGGGUUCACCGACCGUCUGCUGAGGCUCGGAUGUCAACAAACACAAUUUAUUCCUUCUUUUAGCUGCUGGACCGGAAACCGAACAGGUGUGAAGAUGGGAAACGGUUCCAUGAAAUCGAAGCGCUACAAACACGCUGAUGGAUGUCCGGCUGCCUCCAACGGACGACCCUGCAAAGAUCAGGGCCUCAAGAACCUGGACCUGCUGAAGGCCCGGGUGGAGGAGCUGGAGCGAGAAGGCAAGAGGAAGGACGAGGAGCUCAGCGCCAGAGAUCAGCAGAUCCGAGGCCUCCAGGAGCAGCUGAGCCAGCAGAGCCGAGUCCUGGCCGAGCUGAGCGACGAGCUGCAGAACAAAUGCCUCCAGAUCAGCAAGCUGCAGGACGUGGUGAAGAGCGGCGCCUCGGCCGGUUUGGCUUCCAGGCCUCCUUCGGUCAAAGCCGGCGGGAAGAGCAGCCCCAACCUCAGCGUCCGGAUCAAGGAAACCAUCAACAGGAGGAAAGGAGCCAAAGCCGGAGUGUCGGCAGAACCAACGUCCAGAACGUACGACUCCAGCAGCCUCCCCAAGUUCUCCUUCGAGAAGGCUCGAGUACCCAAGGACGCCAGCGUGAAGAAGCUGCUGACAGACGCCCUGAACAAGAACCAGUACCUGAAGAGGCUGGAGCUGCAGCAGAUCAAAGACAUGGUGGAGUGCAUGUACGAGCGCACGUACCAGCAGGGGGAAUACGUGGUCAAGCAGGGAGAACCUGGAAACCAUCUGUUCGUCCUGGCAGAUGGGAAGCUGGACGUGUUUCAGCACAGCAAACAUCUGGCCUCCAUAACGGUGUGGACCACGUUUGGAGAAUUAGCCAUCCUCUACAACUGCACUCGCACGGCGUCGGUACGAGCGGUGAACAAAGUGAGGACGUGGGCUCUGGACCGGGAGGUGUUCCAGAACAUUAUGAGGAGGACGGCCGAGACAAGGCACGAACAGUACCGCAACUUCCUCAGAAGUGUUUCACUCUUGGCCAAUCUACCAGAGGACAAGCUAAGCAAAAUAGUGGACUGCCUGGAAGUGGAAUACUAUGACAAAGGAGAGUACGUCAUCCGGGAGGGCGAGGAAGGCAGCACCUUCUACAUCAUCGCACAGGGAAAGGUGAAGGUGACCCAGACCACCGAAGCCCACAAGCUGCCGCAGAUCAUCAACACUCUGCAGAAGGGCGACUACUUCGGAGAGAAAGCGCUCAUAAGUGAUGACGUCAGGUCAGCCAACAUCAUCGCCGAUGAGAACGGGGUGGAGUGCCUCGUCAUUGACAGGGAGACAUUUGAUCAGACCGUGGGCACCUUUAACGAGCUACAGAAGUAUCUCCAAGGAUACGUGGCAACACUGGAUCGGGAUGACAAGAAGAGACACGCCAAGAGGUCGGUGUCGCGUCACCAGAGUCAGCCGCUGUCCGCUGACGUCAUCCACCUGAAGGAAAUGGUGUCGGCGUUUCCUCCAUCCAGGCCCUUCGAUCACCUGGACGUUGUUGCGACUCUCGGGGUCGGUGGAUUCGGACGCGUAGAGCUGGUGAAGGUGAAAGGUGAAGACGUCACCUUUGCACUAAAGGUGAUCAAGAAGAAGCACGUGGUGGACAACAGGCAGGAGGAGCACAUCCACUCGGAGAGGAAGAUCCUCGCCGAGGCUCGCUCGCCGUUCGUCGUCAAGCUUUAUCGUACUUUUAAGGACAACAAAUAUGUGUACAUGCUGCUGGAGGCCUGUCUGGGUGGAGAGAUCUGGAGUCUGCUCAGAGACAGGGGGAGCUUUGAUGAGCCGACUGCCAAAUUCUGCGUCGGUUGCGUCACAGAGGCUUUCGAUUACCUGCAUCGUAAAGGAGUCCUGUACCGAGACCUGAAGCCGGAGAAUCUAAUGCUGGACAGUGAGGGAUACAUCAAACUGGUCGACUUUGGUUUCGCCAAGAAGAUCAGAUGUGGUCAGAAGACUUGGACGUUCUGCGGUACUCCGGAGUACGUUGCUCCAGAGAUCAUCCUCAACAAAGGACACAACUUCAGCGUGGACUUCUGGUCUCUGGGCAUCCUGGUGUUUGAGCUUCUGACCGGCAGUCCUCCGUUCUCAGGAAGCGACCAGAUGAUGACGUACACGUUCAUCUUGAAAGGCAUCGAGAAGAUGGACUUCCCCAAGAAGAUCACCAAGAGACCCGAGGACCUCAUACGCAAACUAUGCAGGCGGAAUCCCUCGGAGCGACUCGGUAACCUGAAAAACGGAAUAAUCGACAUCAAGAAGCACAGGUGGUUUAAUGGCUUCAACUGGGAGGGACUGAAGGCCAGAAGUUUACCAUCUCCACUGAAAAGAGAACUGACAGGACCGACGGACCACAGCUACUUCGACAGCUACCCUCCAGACGAGGAGAAUCCUGCUGAUGAGCUCUCUGGUUGGGACAUGGACUUCUGAGAACUUCUGCUCCACGUUUUCAUCCUUUUCCUUUCGUUUCUCGCCCUUAAUGACAGAAAAGUAAAGAGCAAAAUGGGUUCUAGGGUGAUCUUACGUCUCCUCUGGCAACCUGGAGGUCCUCAGGUUUUCCACAGUCAUUAAUUUAUGAACCUAAAAUCUGAAUGAUUCUCCUCUGAGUCAGACUGUGAUGCUGCCUGGUUGAUAUGUGGCUCGCACGUUAGCAUUAAAGCUAAAAUCCAUAAGAAAAGUCAUUCCAUGAACAGUCAGUCAAGAUUUCCCAUCUGACCACCUCACAAUCAGCUGAUUCUUUAUCUACAGUAACUUUAUUGUAUUUAAUGAAGUCAUGCAAAGUUUUACCUUCAUACUAUGAAUAUUUUCAGACUUACAGGCCCUCAAAGUACAUAGAAGGAGGUUGAAAUUUCACACUUUUUCCAUCAUUUCUGAGCCUCAUAAGUUCAUCAAUCCAGCAGAUAAACACAUGAAACUUCUAGGGCUGAGAACACAUUUGAGUUCUGUUAAAAAUUAAUUGAAACUACGUUAGUUUUACAUCCAUUCUAGGUGUCUUAAUCCAGUGGCAAAAGUGUUGCUUUUGUUUGCAAUAAUAUCAUAGUUUCAGUAGCAAAAGUGCUCCAGUUUAACAUCUAUAUGGAGUAACAAAAGGUUAAAUAGGCAUUUAUUAGAUGAUCCUGGUAUCUUCUGUGUGUAAAAACGAUCCUUUCAUUGUCUAGAACUUGUUCUGACCAACCACCUAUCACACAUGCUGAUAUAAGCCUUGAAAGUUUACCCAGAAUGCACUUUUUUUGUAGUUUUUGUCAUAAAAUUGUCAUAAAUUAGUCAAAAAUUGUCGAAAAUUAUUCAAAAAAUGUGUAAAAAACUCAAAAAUUGUCAAAAAUUACUCAAAUGUUUCCAAAUUACUCAAAAAUUGUUAGAAAUUACUCAAAAUGUUUCACAAUGACUCAAAAAUGAUUGAAAAUUACUCAUAAAUGUUUAAAAUUUUGAAAAAAAUUGUCCAAAAUGACUCAAAAAUGUUUCAAAAUGAUUCAAGAUGUUUCAAAAUUACUGGAAAAUGGUUCAAAAGUACUCAAAAAUGGUUGACAAUUACUCAAAAAUUGUAGAAAAUUAUUCAAAAAUAUUUGUAAAAAACUCAAAAAUUGUUAAAAAUUACUCAGAUGUUUCAAAAAUACUCAAAAAUGAUCAAAAAUGAGUAAAACUUCAUCCUGCUGUAGCGAGCUUCUUUAACAUUAGUAAAGCUCGACAGGUGAUUCAUUGCAAAAAAAACCGAAAAAGAAGUAAGAUAUCCACAGUGGCAUUCUUCCAGAACAGGAGCCCACUUUUACUGUCUAUGCUUUGGGGGUUUCUUAUUACACAUAUUUACAACUCAGCUGCAAAUAUUCACUGUGAAUUGCAAAUAUCUCUUCAUUUCCCCUCAGUUCAACAGAUCUUCAUUGUCCUUUUUAGAGAAAUGAACGAAAUGUUCUACAGUGUGGCAGAAACAGUGGGGAAAAAAAUCUGAAACUCUGCAAAUUACCAAACGAAGCAGCUUCAAAAUGCAACAUUACAUGCUUUAUUAUGUUUGCUGUAGUUCUGAAAUGAUCGAUUCCAGCUUUAGUUUUUGCUCAAUAAGGCUGCAGAGAGGAGAAAUAAUCCUGUGUGGUGCAGAAACACUGAUCCAGCUUCAUCUCUGACCAUCCUGUGUCUCAGAAUUAUGUUUUUACAUUCCUUAAUCAAUGUACACCCAGAUAAUAAUCAUCUGCAGGCUCUCAUGACGGCUCCAGAUGUGGAGCUGCAGCUGCAAGCUCUUUACUUCCUGCAGCUGAAGGAAUUAGAGCUUCCAUGUGCAGUUUGUUUAGAGGCAUGAAGGUGUGAAGCAGGAAGAUCUGCAGCAAGAAACCGGAGAAGUGAUUUUACAGCAUCAGGAGCGCCAACACCUUCAGCACAGAGGGAAUAUUUACCCAGCAUGCUUCAGGAGGAGCUCAGCAACGUGAGGAGGAGGAAAAAGCUUCAGGAUUUAACCACGAGGAGGAUCUUUAGGAGCUUAGGGUACAAGAAAUGACAGAAAAUUACUAAGAAAUGUUUAAAAUUAGUCAAAAAUGGUCAAAGAUUGUUGAAAAUUACUCAGAAAUGUUUCAGAAUUACUCAAAAAUUGCCAAAAUUUAGUCAAAAAUGUUUCAAAAUUACUUAAAAAUUGUCGAAAUUUAGUCAAAAAUGUUUCAAAAUUACUCAAAAAUGUUUUAAAAUUACAGAAAAAAUGUCAAAAAUUACUCAAAAAUGUUUCAAAAUUACUUCAAAAUUGUGAAAAAAUUACUCAGAAAUGUUUCAAAAUUAGUGAAAAAUGGUCACAAAUGCUUGAAAAUUACUCAAAAUGUGUCAGAAUUACUCAAAAAUUGUCUAAAAUUACUUAAAAAUGAUCAAAAUUAGUCAAGCAUUUAUUAAUUAAUAAAAUUUAACACAAUAAAAUCUGUUUAGCAUUGAAUUAAUAGUGAAGUUGGCAUAAAAUGUACGUAAAAACUGAAAUUGACAGAAAUCAAUUGUGGACAUUAUUAUAUGGUUUUGCCCUGUUUUUUAGUAGUUAACAUGUAAAUUUGUAGGUUUUUGAAUUCUUUUAGGGCAUGUCUUAAUAAUAUUAUUCUAUAAAAUAUAUAAUAAAAUAAAAUACAAAAAUUUAAAUAAAAAAUGUUGAAUUUUUACAGUGAAGCUACGUGGGGAGGAAGUUCAUCAUCUGGAGUUUAUUCAUUCAGAAUGUCGUCAAAACACCAAAGUCAGAUUUAUUUCCUGUUUUUACUGUUUGUCUAUCAGUCUGAACAAACACAAACUGUACAUAAACUGUAAAUAUGGAAGAAAUGUUGCUGUACAUAAAGUUAUUAUGAUGAUGAUGAUGAUUUAAGUUUUGGUAUAUUUAUCUUGUAUUAUGUUCAGAUUGAGGAGGAAGUAAAUAAAUCUGAAGUAUUUUGCUUUG